UCUCCUGUCUUGCAGGUCUCCUCGCCAUGCCCGUCCCGCUCCUGCUGCUCCGGCUUCUGGGCAGUCGGGCGGCCGUGUCCGGGGGCCGGCACCUGAGGCGGGGGGCGCGCUGGGCCGGGGGCCGCCUCUCCCUCCUGCUCCGGCGGCUCUGGGACUAUCUGACGUCCGACCAGUUCCGGGAAGCCGUGCUCAGCUGUGUGCUCUGCCUGCUCAGCCUGGCCAGGAAGGAGAGCGCCACGAGCCGCCGGUAAAUCCCCGACGACUGUCACAGCGACCGCCAUGAGGAAGCCGCAGCCGUUUACUAUUGGAACAAGACUCUCCAUCCCAAAAUGUCCGGAUUUAUCUACCUCCAGCCCCGGGAUGGACGCUCGGAGCGAACGUGUCUCUCGUUACCCGUCACCUCAGCGGGGGUCCGGCCUCUCUCACAGUCCUGAGGAUCCCCUAUGUCCUGGAUCUCUGGUGCGCUCCAUCAAAAAGAUCACCCUGUCCCUACAGGCGGAGGGUGCGGCACCGAGGGAGGGCACUGGGACCCUGAGCCCCCGGCUGCUCGCCAGAGCCUCCUAUGGGAACUGUAAUAAUAACAACAGCCGGAGCCUGAGACACAUGGUGCCGGGCGCCGCUGAUCUCCCAUGUGACUGGUCUGUACGGGAUCCCAGGAUGGCAGAAUGUCAUAAGACGGCCAAGUGUCCUGGAGACGCCUGUGAUUCUGCCCUGGGUGACAGUGUGAGGAUAGUGCCCUCUACUGGAAUCUGCGACAUCAGAACCGGGAGAGCCUCCAGAGAGCCCCCCGACACUGAAAAGCUCAACCAGAAGAUCGAACAGGUGGAUGAUCCUGUGUCCCGUACUCCAUCCGCAGCCUCCGUCCACCCCCAACUCCAGACUCUGAGGGACCAAUGGCAUCUGCUGAAGCAGGCAGCGGCCAAUCAGGGCUGCGCAGUGGGCGGGGCUACGACUGUGCUGGAGUUUAAUAAGAAGGCGGAUGAGCUGGAGAUGUGGAUGAGAGAGAAGGAGGAGAUCCCCCCCCUCCAUGUCCUCCUGGACCAGAACCUGGACAAAGUUCACAUAACCCGCAAAAUCCUGGAUCUGAAGCAGGAGCAGAUCCAUUACUGCGGCCUGGAGGAGAACGUCAGCCGCCUCAGCCAGAAGCUGGAGAAGCAGGGGCGCCCGGAGAGCCGAGCCGCGUCCGCCCGCCGUAGACACCUCAACCGCAUGUGGCUGCGGCUUCAGAGCGCACUGCAGGAGCAUCACCAGAGUCUGCAGCUGGCACUGGAGGCGGCAUCACUGUGGCAUCAAGCAGACACCAUCGAGAGAGCCAUCCAGGAGAAGAGCCGCUGUGCGGAGCUGAGGAGCAGAGAUCAGGAUCUGAGGGACAUCGCCGGCCAGGUCAUGAUGUUUGACGUCUCCGUCUCCCAAGUCUCCGACCUCCAUCCUCUGCUGUCGUCCAGAGCCCGGCACAGGCAGCGGCAGGUGAAGGAGCGAUGGGCCCGCCUCAGGACCGAGAAAGCCUCAAGCAGCGCCGCGUCCACCGAUCCCACCAGAGACACCAGAGACCAUGUGACCUGCGGCAGCGUGGGAAGGGGCCGCGCGGUGCACCAGGUCAGUGGGGGAAGGGCAGAGAACAGCGCCCCCCAGCGGUGGCCCGGGAGUCAGGUCAUCGACCAGCGUCCGACCAAGAGGUCAGGGACCUGCGAGACACAAGCCAAUCACAAUCUUCAGAACGGUCACCAGCUUCAGAGACCACCCGAGACCCCCAAGGACAGACAUCUUCUCCGGGAGCUCGCCUCUACAUCGCAAUGGCUUCAGGGGGUGGAGCUGCUGCUGUCGGAGCCGGCCGCCAUGAGAAGCCCCGAGCUGAUCCGUAAGGACCUGAAGCAGGUGUCUCUGCUGGAGAGAGAGCUGAGGUCUCGGAGUUCAGCUCUGCAGCGCCUCCGCCGAAAGAACAGGACUAGUCAGAAGGCAGAAUGGAGUGUGACUGAGGAGGUGAAGGUCCAGGAAGUGGAGGAGAGGUUUCAGACGCUCCAGGACGCGCUCCAGCGGCGAGUCUCUGAUCUGAGGGACACACUGGUGCUGUCCGAAUUCAUGAAGGUCGUACAAAUGGAGGAAGAACGGAAGAAGAAGGAAACGGUUCAGGAGACGUGGCGAGGUGUCGUCCGGAGUGACCCCGAUGUCCUGGCUGUGGACAGAACGGAGACGUUCACCCCAUUAGAGGAGCUGCAGGAAGCGGUGGAGAUGCUGAAUGACGCUGUCAAGGAGAGAGAGCGAGCGCUAGCAGCCACCAGAGAGGACGCAGAGCUAGAGAGCAGGGUCUCAGGAUUGUCACAGACGAUGGCGGCCGCCUGCUCCAAACUCCACGACAUCUGGUCCCAGCUGGAGGCAGCGGAGAAGGAGAUGAUGGCGGUGAAGGGGGAGAUGGAGCUGCCGGAUCUGCAGGGAGUCAUCAGUCAGCAGCAGCAGGUGGAGGCAGAGAUGUCAGACAUCAUCGACCUGGAGGUGAGGAGGCUGCAGGAGCGGGCGGAGCAGCUGGAGGGCGAAUGUCCGGCCUGGAGACUGUCAGCGGGCAGGAAAAUUGAGGAGGCAAUGAGGACACGGACCGACUUACAGACCCUAGUCCAGAAGAACCAGGCACGGCUACAGAGGACAAAGCGGCUGCGGGAGUUCUUCCUGCUCUACCUGAGGAUGAUAUCAUGGUCGGAGGUCACCAGAGAUCAGAUCCUGUCAGAAAGUCCGAGGGGAUGUCUCACUCCUGCGCAGAGGGAUCUAGAGAGGACUGUGGAGGGCAAGUUGAGGGAGUUUGAAGUGCUUGCCGGGAUUGGCUGGCAGUUGAUUGGAGAAGAUCAUCUCCUGGCGCAGACGAUCAGGGAGCGUCUGGAGGAGGUGCAGGGGCUGCUCAGCUGGUUACUCGCGUGGUGGAGAUGCCAGAAACAGAAGACAAAAGAGGCAGCCGCCAGUGUGGACGCCCGAACGGACAUGGCUCUCAUCUCCUCCAGCUCCGUGGCUUUAGAAGAAUUUGAGUGUCCAGAGGACGAGGACAUGACCCCCCUCCCGGCCCCCAGGGGCCCCAUACUCCGCAAAUACAGGAGGAGGGCACUGAGUCCUAUACAGUACCAGCCCCCGUCCUGCAGGUCCCCAGACAUGGAUGAGGGGGUCGACAUGCCAGAAGACAGCCCCAGGAAGUGCACCAGAGGGCCCUUGUGGUUAGAGCCCAAGAAUCUACCCACAGGAUCCGACAGCCCCGAACCGCAGGAAGAGGCCGUCAUGGUCAGCACUUACUUGAAAACAAAGGAAGAAGGACAAGGGACAUACCACAGCCUGACUGUGCCCCGACGUUCUAAGGUUGCUCUUUCAACUGGACACGGACACGAAUCCACGUUUCCCUCAUGUGAGGCUUCCACUAGUGCUUUACCCAAGAUCAGAUCCAACGGAUUCUUCAAGAGCCUCAGACGGAAGGAGAAAGCUCAGAGAUGUACAAUACAAGGGAUCAUGGGACUUUACUCUGACAGAAAACAUGACACCAAAGAUGCUUCCAGAUACCAGACUUCCACGUGGCCUCCAAAGCAGGAGAAGACCUUCCCAACAGCAGAGACAAAUAUGGAGCUUGAAACAUUUCUAAACUAUGUGAAAAACCCGCUCAGCAAGGACAUUGAUGCUGAAUGUGGAUCUAGUUCUAAGAAGCUGAGAAGUCCCGACUCUGGUCAACAAACCAUGCGCAAUUCUUGCCCACAUCUUACUGUAGGAAGUGUCCUGACCCUGCAGAUCUCUAAGGAGCCACACAUAUUGGACAAUACCAAAGAUGCAAUUACAGUAAUAUCCGCUGUUGACUCUGGAAAUGAUGAACAUUUACAUUCUAAAGAAAAGCUAAAGCAUGAAGCUGGUGAGAUGCUCACCGAAGAACACUCGUCUAUUACUCGAAGGGACCCUCAGUGGCUGGGCACCAGGGCAUGGCUGGAAGCCCUGACUACUAGCCCUGGAUAUUGUAGACAGAACAUUCAUGGGUAUGGGAAGUCUAUUGCCAGCUCACAAGAGUCUCAGGAGUUAGAGGCCUUGAUUGAUACCUUUGAGCUAGACAGACUUUCCCCUCUUGUCUUACGGCAUCUUAACUAUAACUGGAACACACCGGAGGAAGCCUUAAAUUCACCCAAGAGCCUUGAAGAUGUUUCACCAAACUGUGAUGCCCCAUUUCUCCAAGAGAAAGAAAGAGUUACCUCCUUAUCCCCAGUCCUCCAAGAAACAAGAGGAGCUACCACCUCAUUCUCGGUCCCCCAAGAGACAGAAGGUGCUAUUGCCUUAUCUUUAACCAUUCAAGAGACAGGAGGAGCUACCACCCCAUUCUCAGUCCUAAAAGAGACAGAAGGUGUUACUGCCUUACCUUCAACCCUUCAAGAGACAGGAGAUGCUACCACCUCAUUCUCAUUCCUCCAAGAUAUUGAAAGAGCUACCUCCUUUUCUCCAGCCCUUCAAGAGACCGGAGGAGCUACCACCUCAUUCUCAGUCCUCCACGAGACAGAAGGUGCUACCAUAUCUCCAGUUCCCCAAAAGACAGAAGGAGCUACUGCCACAUCUCCAGUCUACCAAAAGACAGGAAGAGCUCACUAUUUGAAGAAAUAUUCUGAUAAUGGACAGUCAGCUUCUAUGUCUUCCUCUGACUAUGUCCUCCACACAUAUGAACCCUCCAACCACUCCUCCUAUAGUACCAUAGAGUCCCCACCUGAUGUUAGGAUAUUCACUAAGACCAAUUCACUUACAGAUGUCCUCCAUCCAGACCAUGACUUCUUGGAGAACGAUGAUGAGGAGCUGGAAGGCAUCUGGAAUAAUGCAAAGAAGGUUCCACCAGUGUGCCCACCACCAGUAUCUCACAACAUGGCACCAAAAGUUAUGGUGGGGGGUAGUCCAGCUGUAGUAAAACACAACUCUCAUAAAGAACUAUACGGUCAGGUAGUAAUUGGGGCUGAACCAAACAUGUUAGUAGCCACAUUCACGCUCCCGGAUUCUGCUAGGUUAUCUACAGCAAUAGUGGGGCAGAAAAGACCCAACACCUGGAAAAAGAACAGUCCAAGUACAGUCUCUACACCCACAAACUGUAAUGCUGAGGAGAUCUGCAAAGGAUCAUCAAGGCCAAGUCCACAGACUUCUAAACCUGAGACUGUAGAGAAUACUUCCAUGAUGAAGGUGACCCGUAAACUGGACUUUCAUUUGAUGGAGGGCCCCUUGGAGAAGAAACAUGUCCUGCAGGUCGGGGGCCGGAAGGCCUCCAGCCGCGCAUGGGGGAUGUUCUACGCCGUCCUGGUGAGGAGGACCCUCUGCUUCUACCAUGACCACAGACAUUCCAGUAAGAGUUCUGCAUCUGCUCCCCCCCUACACCUCACCGGAGCCGUGUGCACCGUGGAGUCCGACUACACCAAGAGAGACAACUGCUUCCGGCUGCGAUUAAUAGACGGAUCUGAAUAUUUGUUUCGGGCCCCCACCCCGGAGUCCCUCCAGCAGUGGGUGACAAAACUGCGCCAUAACUCAGGAAUGGAAGACUCCGAUCUCCUCAGGAAGGCAGUGAUGACCUCCGAGCUGGCUGGCUGUCCAAGAGUCUUAUCUCGAUCUUUGAUGCCAGAUUUGCACAAGUCUAUACCAGCACAAGCAGCGGAUAUGGUUCCAGUAUAUGAUCUGCCAUCAUGGAAGGAGACAGAGAAUGUGGCAACAGAAGCCGCCAAAGUGAAAUCUCAUCAUCGUCAUCUGCCAGGAAGCUUCCCGCUGUGUGAUGAAGAUGGAGACCCUGAUAAUAACCCAACGAGCAGGAGGAGGUCACAGUCCUUCAGCUCCGUGAUGUAUCGGAAGGUGACGCCCGUUUCCAGCUCUCAGGAGCCCUCCUCAGGCUACUCAGUGACCCUUUAUAUUGAUGACCCUCUGCUCCCCCGUGGACGCUGUCAUUCCUUUGCCGCCCCCCAGGGGGCGUUCUUGAGCAGGCACAUGGCGGACCCAAAGCUGCGGAAUAAAUCCGUCUUCAGAAAGUUCUUCCGCAAGAAGGAAUAACUGAGACAUCACGGGUAAUGGCGGCACGUCCGGCCGGGACUGAAGGAUUAUGGGACAUAAAGGGGGUGAUUGGCAGCCAGCGAUGAUGUGACCCGUGUGGUUAGGCUGGCGCCCCCUCGUGUUCGCCGGGGACUCGCCCAUCUAUCCAUAUAUAUAUUCAGAGGAAAGUUCUCGCCGGCAGCAGGAAAGCUGCGGACAUUUAGACUGCGUCUAAGGGUCUAGAGGUUACAGCGCGAGAGUUCAGGAGUGACCGCGACCCCUGAUCCCCACAACGCAGGUGACACGGAGAGUUCUGUGCUUCAUACUGGAAAC